AUGGCUGAUGAUAUCCCAAGCCUUGAAGACUUCUUUAGUCUCACUGAAGAUCGCGGAGUGUUGAAAAAGGUUAUCAAGGAAGGAAAACGAGACAUUCAUCCAAUAAAGGAUGAUACUGUUGUCGUCCAUUAUGUCGGGACGUUUCAUGGUGGAUCAGAACAUGGUCAGAAGUUUGACUCAAGCCGUGAUAGAGAGGAGCCCUUCAAAUUCAGAGUUGGGAAAUCUGAGGUUAUUAAGGCCUGGGACCUGGCCAUACCCACAAUGAAGCCUGGAGAAAUUUGUGAAAUAGUUGCAUUUCCUGAUUAUGCGUACUUCGAUGGAAAAACGCGCCGGUUCGAAAUUGAACUAAUAGAUUUCUACGGUAAUGACGUAAGCGAUAAGUACGAUGGUACGUUGCUUAUGUCGACAAUGGAGAAAGGAAAUGCGGCCAUUCAGCCCAAGCCUGGUGUUACGUGCGAGAUUCAUAUUAAGGGAUUUUGUGAUGGACAAUUAUUCGAUGAGCGCGAUAUUUCGUACACAGUUGGCGACUUUGAAGAAGCAGGCAUUCCUGAAGGACUCGAUAGAGCGCUAACUUACAUGAACAAAGACGGGAAGGCACGCGUGAGAGUUCUUGGAUGUAACUCUUUUUCGGAAACUGAAUAUGCACAACAUGGACUUCCUAAGGACUCACCACUAGAGUAUGAGGUUACUGUCAUGUCUUGUGAAGUGGCUGGAAAAUACAAAUUGGCACUCAAAAUGUACCAUGAACUGCAAGGGGAAUGCUUUUCAGUCGUUACGGAUGGAUGCAAAGAAGAUGCGGACCUUAAAAAAUUUCGGGUUACUCUGCAUCUUAACAAAGCUCUUGUCGGUCUUAAAAUGAAAUCCGCAGACUCGUGUUUGAAAGAAUGCCAAGACAUUAUUCAAUUAGAUCCGCUCAAUGAGAAGUGUUUUUACAGGCAGGGUGAAGCCUACCUUCUUCGGGGUGAUCACGAAGAAGCCUUGGUAUGUUUCAAAAAAGCACUCAGAGUCAAUCCUGAAAAUUCGGAAGCUGCAAGAAAGAUAAAAAUGUGUGAGACUACUCUCUCAGAUGCCCUCCGCCGUGAAAAGACAAUGUUCCAAAAUGCAUUUAAGCGCCUUGGCGAUACUACUUCAUCUGGUGUUGUUGAUGAAGUCGGCCGCGACAGUGCUUCCGUGCCAGUCGAAAACACAUCGUCAUAG